GGGAGAACAAAGGGCCGAGCGGGGCCGGGGCUGGGCCAUUGCAGGGCGCUGCCGCCUCCCCCCGCCCCGAGCCGGGGCUGAGCCGCUGCUGCUCCCACGGGCGCUGCCGGGGAGACCUUCGCUGCAGCUGGGACUAGCCCCGGGCCCGGCUCUGCCGGCACCAGCUCCGGCCCGGAGACCCAGGGUUUCCAGUUUCCAAACCUGAUGUGAUCUCCCGGUUGGAACGAGGGAAAGAGCUGUGGGUCGAAGAUUGCCAGGGCUCUGAGGAAAGAGAGCUCCAGAAAGGUGCCCAGACAGGUGAUCGGAUGGUGAGUGAGAACAAGGAGCAGAAUCCACAGCAGGAAUAUGCUAAGCAAGUUGUACCACAUGUGACAUUAGCAGGAAGGUCCAAAGGCAAAGUUUCUUGGAUUUGUGCAGAGACAAAAGCCUGUGAGAGUCAGCAUAGGCCAGAGAAAAGCUUCAGUGUGUUAUCAGACAUUUGACGUUAUUAGACAUGAAAGAAUGAACAUGGGAGAGAGACCUUAUCCAUGCCUUGAGUGUGGAAAAAGUUUUAGUCAGAGCUCAACCCUCAUCACACAUCAGAGAAUCCACACUGGAGAGAGGCCAUACACAUGCCCUGAGUGUGGGAAAAGCUUCAAUCGGAACUCACACCUCAUCACGCAUCGGAGAAUUCACACAGGAGAGCGACCCUACACGUGCGCUGAAUGUGGGAAAAGCUUCAAUCGGAACUCAAACCUUAUCACACAUCAGAGAGUCCACACAGGAGAGACCCCCUACACAUGCUCUGAGUGUGGGAAAAGCUUCAGUCAUGGCUCAGCCCUGAUCACCCAUCGGAGAAUCCACACUGGAGAGACGCCCUACACAUGCCCUGAGUGCGGGAAACGCUUCAAUCACAGCUCACACCUCAUCACACAUCAGAGAAUCCACACAGGAGAGACACCCUACAUGUGCUCUGAGUGUGGGAAAAGCUUCUGUCGGAGAUCUGCUCUUAUCACACAUGAGAGAAUCCACACGGGUGAGACACCCUACUCGUGCACUGAGUGCAGGAAAAGCUUCAGUGAGAGUUCAGACCUUAUUAGGCAUUGGAUAAUCCACACAGGAGAGAAACCCUACACAUGCCCUGAGUGUGGGAAAAGCUUCAACCACAGCUCAAACCUGAUCACACAUCGGAGAAUCCACACCAGAGAGACACCCUACACCUGCCUUGAGUGCGGGAAAAGCUUCACCCAGAGCUCACACCUCAUCACACAUCGGAGAAUCCACACGGGAGAGCGCCCCUACACAUGCUCUGAGUGCGGGAAAAGCUUCAAUCACUGCUCAAACCUUAUCACACAUCGGAGAAUCCAUACAGGAGAAACACCCUAUAUAUGCUCCGAGUGCAGAAAAAGCUUCAAUGAGAGUUCAGACCUUAUUCGGCAUUGGAGAAUCCACACAGGAGAGAAACCCUACACAUGCCCCGAGUGUGGGAAAACCUUUAACCACAGCUCAAACCUGAACAAACAUCGGCGAAUUCACACUGGGGAGACACCCUACACCUGCCUUGAGUGCGGGAAAAGCUUCAGCCAGAGCUCACACCUCAUCACCCAUCGGAGAAUCCACACGGGAGAGCGCCCCUACACAUGCUCUGAGUGCGGGAAAAGCUUCAAUCGGAGCUCAAACCUUAUCACACAUCAGAGAAUCCAUGUAGGGAAGACACUCUGCUCAUGCUCUGAGUGUGGGAAAAGCUUCAGCCGGAGUUCAGCCCUUAUUAGUCAUCAGCGAAUCCAUAGAGGAGUGACAAACUUCACAUGCCCUGAGUGCGGGAAAAGUUUUAAUAAGAGCUCAAUUUUCAUCAAACAUAAGAGAAUCCACACGGGCAAAUAAUACCAUAAAUCAGGAGUUCUCAACCUGUUCUUUCUGAGGCCCCCUCAACAUACUAUAAAACUCCAGGGCCCAGCAGGGGUGGGUAGCAACGUGGGGCUCUGAGCCUGGGGAUGGGAUACUUGGGCAUAGGGGGAGUUUAACUUUUAUUUUGGGGGGGCAAGGGCCGGCAGGACUCGGGCCAGCUCCGCACAGCAAGGUCCAGGGAAGGAGCACCGCCUCCAACCCCUGACUCACUUCAGCAGACCACCCACCUGUCUUGGGCUGUGUGCUGGUUGCUGCUCCCCAAGGGCUCUGCUAGCCCCGGAGCCAGGUCCCUACCUGGGCAGCUGUUACCGGCUGUGUGAGCAAUCAAAGGGGGCUGGGAGCUGAGGAGCAGCUGCAACCCUGGGCACCAGCAGCAGAUGGGGGAAUGCCAGGGCUACCCACUCCAUGGCAGCAGCAGCCAGAAGAGUGGCUGUCCCGCACUGCCUGGCUCUGACUUCCCAUCUCUGACCUGGCCAGAGGGUGGGGCCUGAUGGGGUGGAGCUGCCCCAUUCUUUGUAAGGCACUGCAGUUUGGGGGGUCAACACCCUUGUGCCUCCUCAACUCUGCUCUUGGGCUCAGGGCUUCAGCCCUGUGCCACUUCUGGAUUCAGUGGGGAGAGCUCAGGGUUUCAGCUCCCUGCUGCUCUGACUUCAGGGGAGGGAGGGGAGCUCAGGAGUUCAGCCCCGCACUGCUCCUGGCUUCAGUGCUUUGCGGGAGGGGGAGCUUGGGGUCAUAGGUGCCAACUUUCUCUGGCACCGGUGGGUGCCCGUGCCCCCCCCCUUUCCCCAUCCAUGGCCUCACCACGACUCCAGCCUUUCCCUGCCCCUGGCCCCACCCCCAUUCCAACCCCAUCCCCAAAGUCCCUGCUCUGACUGCGCCCCCUCCCUGCCCCUAUUGGAUCCCUUCCCCGGCCCCACCUCUUCCCCCAGCGUGCUGCGUUCCCCCUCUUCCCCCCUCCCUCACUGCCCCGUGAAUCAGCUGUUCCACGCCGCGAGCGCUAGGAGGGAAGGGGGAGAAGCAGGACGCAGCAGCGUGCUCGCGGAGGAGGCGGAAGCGGAGGUGAGCUGGAGCAAGGGGGCGGGGCCACUGGGAGCUGUUGGUGGGUGCUCAGCACCCACUAAUUUUUCUCCAUGGGUGCUCCAGCCCCGGAGCACCCACAGAGUCGGUGCCUAUACUUGGGGUUUCAGCCCUGUGUCGCUUCUGGCUUCAGCCCUAUGGGGGGGUGCUAGGGAUGGGGCUUUGGCCCCACACCACUCCUGGUUUCAGCCCCGUGGUCAAGUGCGGGGACUCGUGGUUUCAGCUAUGGGGCCCUGCAGACUCCCUGAAAAGGCUCGCAGAACCCCAGGAGAACCACCGCCAUAAAUGUCUGACUAGGGCUGGCCAAAGAUUUUUUGUAAAAUACAUUAGUGAAUUCCCACAUAGUUUGUACCAUUUUCUUCAGUGUGAUCUUUUAGCUUAACAUGAGUUGCCUGCCUCUGUCUUUUGCACCUCCUCCUUCUUUGGGGUGAAUCCCAUCAUCCUUUAUCGACUCCUUUACUUUAUAAGUCCUGGGAGCAUGUCCUUCGCCUGAUAGAAACAUCCAUCAGCACCACAUGCAGGAGAUAGGGUUGAUCUUGUCUAGCAACACUGAUGUAAAAAUGGCCUGUGCGUCGUCUCCACUGGGAUUCUACAUGGAUGUAGCGGCUCAGUGUAGAGAUCUUGUUGUAAUAACACAACUACAUUUGCAGGGCAGAUAUAACCCGGGUACAGUGGCUGGGGUUAGCUUGGCCGAGCUCACCUCCAUCUUUUUUCCUAGUCUAGACAAACGCGAGCAUCACAUUGAUACCAUUCCCCCAUUACAAAGUGAUUGUUAGUCAUCGAGUUCCCCUUUGGGGACAGAUUUUGUCAAUCCCAGUUGUUUUCACCUUGCUCGGGGUUUUGCAGGAAGAAAUAUUUUUCCUUCCAUUUUCCUCAUGUAUAAUAGAUUGAAAUAGAACAAAGUGGGGUAGGAAAAAUGUGUCAUUUCAGCCUCUGUGAUACCCGAAAGAGAUGGGGUGAGUCAAAGGGAUUCCCUCCUUCCCCAUCACUGUCACAAUCCCCCCUCGCUCCAGCAGCAUUAGCUUCUGUGUAAGCCACAAUAGUGUUUAUCCUCCCCACGUUCUACCCCUGCACCUCCCAAUGUGUCACGUGAUCCUAAAUCAGAGUCAUUGGGGCUAGAUGUGAAAUUGUCAAUACCUGGAUGGGGAAUUUGAAUGGAUCCCAAACACAGAGUAAUCAUCCUGUGCUUUCAUCUCUGCUUCCAUCUCUUGGCAAAGCUGCUUCUGGGCUUUUUCCUGCUGAGCUGGGAUUGUUGCAGAUGGGAAGGUUGGCUGCUUUUCUCCCUUGUGAUGAAGCUAAAUCUUUUGUAAGUAACAUGACUCAACAAUAAUGAGGUGGCACAGAGUGAAGGAAAAUUGAAUUGAUCAGAGGAGAAUGCAAUGGGAGAAUCUGUUUUGAUUUUGAGUUAUCAGACAUAACCUGCUCUGGACUUUCAUUUUAUAUGAAACUGAAAGUGUCUUCCACCCCUCUGUGUUGUGGGUUUUUCUUUCUGUUCUGAAGUCGGUUUGGUCUCAUAAUUGGAUAUUACCUUUGUUUGACAGAAUGUACCUCAGAUUUAUUCGGACUUUGAGACAAAUGACCGUUUGCUAAAAUGGUAAUAUCUUAUUUUCUAUGGGUCUUUUCCCCACCCCUCUAUGAUGACCUGGAAGACGUUCAAGUGUAGUUCAGCCAGCGGGAAAGAAUACUCCAACUAUUGGGCUUGCUCCUACGGAAACAGUAGGAAUUUAAAAUUUCUACUUUAAAACAGUGAAGAACAGCGUACUGCAAAUUGUGCAAUGAACUGACAUGAUCGCACUUGUUGUGGGUGCAAUAUAAAUUAAUAACGAGAUGUCCAAUAACUAGUCUUAAUUUAUUAAUCAAGGAUUAUUAGUCAAGGAUUAAUACAGCAUAAUACAGAAAGGAAGAGUGCUUACAUUACCAAUCCCUCUGGAAGACAGGAUUGCAGAGCUCACACUGUCUCAAAGAUCCUGCACUUAUCCCUCCUGUAUUUAUACCUGGGGAGGGGGGGGGGGAGUUUCACCAUUUUCCAUGCAUCACAUUAUCUAACAUGUUUUCUAUUUUCUGUGACUUUUUCAUAGACAGUAAUUGCUACACCUUCUAUGUGGGGGAUAUGUUGUAAGUUUCAACAUGGCGUAUAUUUUACAUUUUGACAGUUAUACAGGCCCCAUGCAUUAAACAAAAACAGAAGCACGAAUUUUGUUGUGACCAUUAAAGGCAUAGCAUUACCUAUUGUUCUGCUAUGUUUUUGCCUAGCCCUGAUAUUACAAUACAUCAGCUAUCUCUUUCUGUAACGUAAAUACAAAAGCAUUUUGGAUGAUCUUAAGAUGAGGCCAAUUCAAGAAAUAUAUGUGAUAUUAUAUAUAAUAUUAAUAUUGUAUGUACUGUUAAUAUUGGCUAACGUUAUAGAAAUUACAAACUUUCUCUAACCUAACUUCAUCUAUAUUGUAGUAGCCAGGUAUAUCAUAACAUCUAGAAAUUGGUUUUUUUAAGUGCAUUUUACAAGUUUAGAAUCCUAGAAUAUCAGGGUUGGAAGGGACCUCAAAGUAGGACUAAUUCCCAGGCAGAUUUUUGCCCCAGAUCCCUAAAUGACCCUCUCAAGGAUUGAACACUAGCCACUGAGUUAUCCCUCCCCCCAAGCUUCUUGUACCUCAGUUUUUGCUGAAUUUGCAUUCUCCAGCACAGAUACAAAGGAGAAGUUCGUACAAAGAUCACAGCAUCUACUUAUCAUACAGUUUCAGAAAAUUUAACAUGAGUAUAAAGGACUUCAAACAGGGCUGGCCUCACCAUGAGGCAAACUGAGGCUGCCGCCUGAGGUGCCAGAAUGUGGACGGGCACCACUAGGACCCGGAGUGUAGAAAAUUGUGUCUGGUGCUGGUGCAUAUGUAUUCUCCCUGCUCUAGAUGCACAGAGCUGGUGGAGGG